CGGCGUCGCACGAACCGCGCGUGACUUACGCCGACGCCGCCGCCCCUGCGGGACGGAUUUCCUAAAGUACCGUCCAGUGCCCGGAUUCUCUUCUCUCUUACGCCUUGCUCGUCUAUGUGUAACGUGAAUCCGUGCUUUUAGUGUAUGUGGAAUCCUGUUUCCUGUGCCGAUAUACGGUGUUACACGUGCCUGGCCUGAAAAGAGUUCGGUGAAUAUACUUCAACGUGCAGCAGUGAACAAGAGAUUUGUAUCGUUAGUUACACGUGAACUACACGGUGUAUCGAUUAACAUGAUAUUGCAUUGAAAUUUUCUGAUACGUUUCAUAUAACAAAACUGAAAUGAAAAGUGUAAAGUGUGCAAAGAGGUAAAAGUGCAGAAACUGUGCGAACGGACGGAGAUUUUGUUCCCUUGAUUCUGAAAAUCGUAGGCAAAGAGAAUUUUUCGGAAAUCACGUUAUUCCCAUAACCGUGAGCAGCGCCGAGUCCCGAGGGGGUGAUUUCGCCCUGGGCUCAGGACUAUGUCAUGACCACCACAAAUCCAGGCUCAUCAUUCAGCUUGAGAAGGGGAAAGACCACGAUACCGGAGAACCAUGAUUCCAGGAAUUACGGACCCGGUUCGAAGAGCGUCUCUUCCCUCGGGACGACCUUCAACUCACUCGCCCUUGACGUGUCUUACGCUGCUCUCAGCAGCCGUUCGAGUCCACGACACUCGGCGAGGAGCUUGUCAAGCGUAUGGGAAGUCCCCGAACCCGACGAAGUCGUGGAACGGGAAGACCCGGAACUGUGGGAGGACAUCGGCGUCGUCGAGUACCUCGAGAGGCGGCUCGGCCCUCCCGACGAAAGCACCGCCGACGAGAGGGUCGAAGACCUCAGGCAGGUCCUCAUCGAGACCGACCUCCACGAGGGUGACGGCGAGGCCUCGGACUUCCUUUUUCACGUCGCCAGGACCAAGCACGGGAAAAUCUACAUCCGAGUCAUCAGGACUUUGCUGAUGAAUCGAGUUCUAUGUAGCAACCGGGUGAGCCAAAUGACAAAAACCUAUAAUGAUAUAGAAGCAGUAACCAGGCUUCUGGAGGAGAAAGAGAAAGACUUGGAAUUGACAGCUCGAAUAGGAAAGGAGCUGCUGACACAUAAUCAAAAGCUAGAGAGCAAUGUUACAUCGUUGGAAACAGAACUAAAACUAGCCAAUGAGAAAAUAACGCAGCUGAGUCAUGAACUGAUUAAGAAAACGGAACUUGUACAAAUUUUAACAAACGAUGUCGACGACUCUGGGUCGGAAAGUGGGACCCCUACGGGUCUUAAGGGUAUUAAUUUGGACAUGAUGCAGCGGCGGAUCAGCGUCCUUGAAGAUGAAAACAAACAGCUACGUACCGAGUUUACCAACUUGGUGCACGAUGCUGACGAUUGCGAAGAGAAGGAAGCCCGCCUCGUCAAAGACAUCGCCGCCCAAUUAGCAAGCGCAAACAUAGAGGCAGACGGAAUGGCGGACGAGCUGGACCGCCAGAAAGAGGAGAACAGACUUCAGCACGAACAGAUAGUGAGUCUUAGAGCUAAGCUGGCCGAAACUGAGCUCAGGCUUGCUCGGUUAUUAGCCGAACACGAUGAAAUGGGAGCUACGCUAGUCAUUACUAAGGAUAAUCAAAAUAUCCUUGCCAACGAGCUUGCCGAAUUCAAGGACCGAUAUACGGAGGUCGUAAACUUGCUGGCUGAAACGCAGGAACAAUUGCGUAAGCAGAGAAAGAAGGGUAUGCCCAUGGUUCGUGGUGGCUCACUUUUCCCGUCUCUUGGCGCCGCCCCACAGCCUGACUCCAUAGCUUCCGAGCUUGAGUCUUCGUUGUAUUCCGAAGCCAGUCUUGACUCAGGAAUCAUCAGUGAUAGAACGCCGGCUUACAAAAAAGUAUUUGAAACCGUUCGGAGUGCGUCUCGAGCAUCGUACGCUGGCAGUAUGGAUGCCAAUCAGUUCCCACGUAUCGGCUCCAUGACUACAUCAACUUUGUCCAGCGGCUCUUCUGGCCCGCGCAUGAGCUGCGGUGCUUUAAGGCCUGUAGCUUCCUCGGGAUUCCCCAGCUUGGACUCUACCGGCCACAGCGACAGCGAAGGCUCCCUUUUAACAGACUCGGAAGAAUAUCCCGGUCCACAACAAACUGGAGUACCAGGUGCACCUGGAGCAGCAGAUCUUGAAGCCGCGCUGCGUCGCUUAACACCGGCAGAAGUAAUAGCAAGACGUGCGUGCCUGAGUACCGGUGCUGGUUACAAUUACGACUAUGACGCUGGAAUUCAAUCCCCACCGUCGUUCUUGCCAUUCGGAUGUCGAACACCUGACAGCAUAAUGUCGACUGGAAGCAGUGGUAAUCUUAGUGGCUUUAGUGGCAACAGUGGAAAUGGUUGGCGUCUUCCUGAAAAGUUGCAAAUUGUCAAGCCGAUCGAGGGGUCACAGACGCUGCAUCACUGGACGCAGCUUGCUACUCCAACCCUCGGUGGUCUACUAGAUGAAAGGCCAGGAGUAAAGACGCGGGGAGGUCGAGCGCUUGAAGAUCUUGGCCUAGAGACGUUCACCUUGGCUGAUCUCGAAGAAGACGAAGAGUAUGCGAAUCCUGGAAAACUAUUCCAGGACACUGGAUCCAUCUAUACAUUCACAAACAGUACUGUCCUUCAUCCUGACGAUCAUACCAGCGUCACCGCAAGCGUUGUCGGCAGCAGAGUCGCUACGGCUCCAAACAGCGCUCUUAAUUCUGGAAUGAACACCCCGAGAACCAUGAGCCGGCGUAAUUCGACGUCGACUUUUUCUACCACUCUUGGACUCGCCAAGAUGCUGAACGAGAGAGGAAUCAAGGCCGUCACUCCAUCCUGUGUCUCGACUCCAAGUGGAGAACGCAACUUCACGCCAACCGCUACUCCAUGCAAUAGCCCUGACGGUACUCCGCCCCCUUCCAGAUCAAGCUCCCCACCUCCUUACAGCAGUCCGUUCAGACUAGGCCUGUUCAGCAGUGGAGCUGAACUACUGAAACGCACUUUUGGCACUGAGGAACAAGUUCCUGUUCGAAAGUCAAAGCGAUCAAAACCCACGCUUAGUCGGUCAGAUAAGAAGGCUUUGACUGGCAUCAGGCUGGUUGAAAAACUUGAACGUAUUGGGAUAGACACUAUAAUGGCGACUACAGCGAGUUCCUCCAUCUCCCCUCUCGCACUUCAGGGUGCAAUUUACACAAGGCGAUCAAUGGACAGUCCAAUGGCUCAGCUAACGUCACUGAAAACUUCAAUGUCAUCUAGUAUUAGCCAAGAUAAGCUCUCAUCUUCCUCGUCGAGCAGCAGCGGAGACUCUUUGAUCGAAAAGCCUCCGCUGCCGCCUGGAAAAAACCGAGGAAGGGAAUCGGAACUUGGUGUCCCUGCUCGUCCGGGAUCAGGUGCUUUGACCAACAGACUUGGUCAAUUGACUAGUCGCCAACGACGCUCCGGCGCGGGGGCAACACGCCCUGACCUGGGCAAGGUCAAGGCAACGUCGACGCCUCAGAACGUCAAGGAGUCGGCACCGCAAUCGGCAUUAGGCACUAUUAGCUCCCUCCUUUUCGGAAGGAAGGGAGGACUUCUGUAAUCACGUUAACGACGCUAAACUAAUGGCAACUUUGUAGGUUUUGAAAUAGCAGGGAAAUCAGAUGUAGGAAUCAUAUGUUAUUUUCUAAUUUACUGCAAUACUGAACGGACGUGAACGAAAUCUGCACGAACUGUUCGUCUUUUUUUUUUUUUUUCUGGUAGUUUAUUUAUAAAACGAUAGAAUAUAUUCGCAUCAUGUUUGAUAAAGGUUUGCUCUUCAUCCGAGUAUCGAAUAGUCGACCUGAGACACCCCAAAAGUUUUAAAGUCAAGAGGCCACCGAACUGCGGCCAUCACGAAUUAGUUUCAAAUGGUAGAGGAUUAACAAAAUACCAUUUCUUCGAUCGUAUUUACUGAUCUACACAAAAGGAAUUAACUGAUGAAUAUAUUUUGGUGCAGAGUAAAUUAAAUUCAUUUAAUCAAUCACAAAUUUAGAGUCUUCUCGUAAUCCGUUUUCAACAAUUGACGAUGACAGCGAUUUUUACCUGAACAGAGCAUUGAAAAAUAACUUAGUGUUUCCAGUGAGUAUCUUUAUUGUGCAGGCUAUGAAUCUCGGAAAAAAAGAAUUCCAUCCAGAAUAAAGUGGACAGAUUCGUUAUAGUUCUAUAAAAGUAGAAAAAACAGGAAUUUCCAGGCUAGUAAAAGAGUUACGUUACAACUGACAUAAUAUCAUUUUUACAUUUCAAGGCACUUUUCACUGUAUUUGAAUCCCAGAUGGAUCUCCCGCAAUUGAUUUACUUACCAUGUUUACACUAAGAAGCUAUUUUCUAUUUUUCAAGCCCUUAGUUCAAUCCAAGUCGCAGCCUUGACUCAUAUUUUCAAUAUUGUGUUUGGAAUAAUAUCAAAGAGCUUUGUAGUAUAAUUUAACCGUGUUUGCGACAAAUUAUUCCCCAAGAAGAGCUGCGUGUAAAUAGUUCAUCAAAAUAAUUGUACAUCAAUUUUUAUAAAUUUUUAACACAUACAAACAUACCGGUUUAGAAAGACAAAAAACCAAUACUGAGAAUUUGGUCGUGUUAUAUGAUUAAUUUUAGCAGAAUUCACUUGCAGCUGCAUACCAGUUCAGAUUUAAGAAAAAAAACCGAUUCUUUCAGUUACAAAGGUGCGUGAUUUCCCCUGUGAGAAAUUUUAAAUCAUGUUUCAUUUACCUAAAAUAAAAAAUCUACCGAUGCACUAGAUUGUGCUUUUAUGUUUGAAGAGAAAAUUAAACAUACGUGAAUUACUUUUACAGUUGAUUAUUCCCUAGAUGUAAAUAUUAAAUGGUAUUAAUGAUUGGCGUCAUAACAUACCUCAGAUCGCUUUUUAGAUACACAGAUACGUAUUACAGAAUUACUCUUACUGCUACAUUGGUUGUCAUAGCUAAGCUCGCUAACGAUAGUCAUAGGAUUAUACCACACCUAUACUAUGUAGACGGCCAACUUAUUUCUAAUCCAAUCAUUAUUAGUUGUUGUCAUCGAUAGUUAUACAGCGAAGCUGGUCAAGCUCAAAUAUUACGUAAAAAGUCUUAGGACGAAAGCAUUGAACUAUUGCAAUCGUAUUAUUCGAUAAACGCUGCGAUGCGAAGACCGCAACAAGUCCUCAGGUUUCACUCGCCUGUGGAUAUUUUAUAAGUAUCAACGGUUGAGUCGUGAAAUAUCAUUUGAAUAAUUUCACCCUUGCAAUUGUAAGUCGAAGCAGGAUUUAAAAAAAAUCAAUUAUCGUAUGUGCAAUUGCUCGGGGUAGAAAUAUUAAUUCAAAUAAAAGUUGAAAGUGCAGCCACGCACAGAUUCAGCAGCAAUAUUAUAUGUAAAAUGUGCCCGAAUAUAAUUUAAUUGUACAGUAGAAAGCCACGUAUCGUGUGGUAUGUAAAUAGAUAUGCAGGUAAUGGAAGGAGAGAAGAGAGAAAUUUGUGAGAGAGGAUGAGAGACAUUAUAGCUUAUUGAGAAAUUGUUAUUAGUUGCUUAUUUCAUGGAUAAAAAUUGAACAAUGCUUUGCUAGAGUUUCUCGUAGUAUAAUACUAGUUGGGAUCCCAGAAACUCUUAUUUCAGCACAAACGAGUAAAAAAAAAAAAAAAUGUCCAAUUUCUAAAUCUGGUGCUAAUGUAUUUUUAAUUCGGAUUUUUUUUUUUUUUUAUUUUUUCAUGUUAAGGCGUGCCUCGUUUUGUCACACUUGUCAGUUCGUGAAUUUUAUAUAUUUAUUUUUCUGUUCUUGUUAUUUUUUUGCAGCUAAUUAUUUACGACGAUACGAUACAGUUUUCAUCAACGUAAACUAGCUGUUGUCAGUCUUUGAAUCAAGAAGAUUGUACAUUCAGCACUUUGUUUAUACGCGAAUGUUGUAAUCGAUAUAUCAAUUGUGGCAGUGAUUUAUAUUGUAUCAAUUUUAAUACAGAUUGUUUGUAUGUUUGAUUCUUUGUUUUGGCUUUUUGACAGAAUUCAUCAAUUAAAUUAUCAUUGUAAUCUUAGUAGGCGUUCCGUUAAUCAAUUACCAUUUUACUUAAGGACAAUCCUGUAUUAUAUAAACGAGCAUUUAUUCUCGUUGACGCCUUGUAAAUAAAAACAUUAUAGAUACGUACAAAUUAAUAAAUCUUAAGUUGAAAACGAAAAACAAAGAAAAAAAGAAAAGAAACAAUUAUUAAUUGAUGAAAAAUCAUUUGUUGCUGUCCUGUGCUGUGAGCUAAGUAGUUACGUUUAAAUGUUUGCAUCCUUAUGUUAUUUCCGAUUUAAUAAAAGGCCUAAUAAACGUGAACAUGAGAGAGGAUCUUUUAAAUAGGAAUAAUAACAUGUAGUGAUGAUGAACAGUCAGAGGUUCGGUGUUGUUUUCUGUAAAUAGAAAUAUAGACAAUUUUAGUGUUAAUUUCAGAGAAACCGACGAAUCCAACGUUUGCAGUUAUAAGAGCAGAAAGGCCUAAAUCAACUGAUUUUACUCCAAUAAUGCGAAAUAGCUACAUUAAAUACAUUUUCUGAACGAAAUCAGCAGAGGUAGAUAAAAAAAAUGUGGUGACGGAUCUGCAUUCUAUCUAUCGUACCAUACCGUGUAUUAUAAUUUAUAAUAGUGAUUACUCUAAUUUAUCAGUGUAAUAUAUAAGGUUUGGUGAACAGCUCGAGAGUUUUGCCAAUUCGUUAAAAGAAGGUCAACGUAAUCAGACUUGCGAUGAAAUUCAGGUGAUUCCUGAUAUGUAUUAUGUAAUGUAAAAAAAAAACUAUUUUAACAGAUAUUACAUGUCCAUCAAGGGCGUAGCUAAUUUUAAUUAUUUAUUUCUUUUCCUAAUGGGUAAAUAUUUUGUGUAUUCAGCUUUUUCAAUUUUUUUUUAUGGAUCAUUGCAUGUUCCACAGUAACCUUCACUUACUAUAAGUCAUACCGUUUAUCCAAAUUAUUGUCACUGUGUGCAAUUUAUUAUGUACGUUCUCAGUAUUAAACUGUAUCGAAGGUACACCACGGUGCUUGAUAUUGAUAAAGGGAAUGUCAAAACUUGUGAGAUCAUCUACUUGCCGUUCUCUUGUUCAUUUUUUUUAGUUUACUCUUUUCUUCCUGAAUUGUGUUGCAGUUCAAACGUUCCUAUACAUACUAUCAAUACUACUGUUUGUGUAGUUUUUAUUUGUCAGUUUCUGUUUCAGACUUUGUACGUGCAUUUACAUUAUUCUAGUGAAAUGCAUCGUUAUAAAUAUGAAAAUAGUUACCAAUGUUAAUCUGCGGACUGUAUAGGUAUUUACUAUACACAAACCUAGGUAUACUCUAUACAUAAUAUGACGUAUACAUAAUAUAAGAAUUGAACAAUAAAUAUAUUUAAAUAUGA